CGCUACCUCCGUACACUCUUGUCUCGCCGUCUCUGAACUCCAAUUGACACCUGUGCUGCCUCCCUCUGCUAUCCUCCUCCUCCUCCCGCUGUCGACACAUUCCGAUCCCACAGCACACAGGCACCCUUCCGCCACACAGACACACACGAGCACCUCGCCGCCGCUGCCGACCAUGGCCGAGUCGAAGGAGUUCACGUACUCCGAUGUCAGCGAGCACACAUCGAAGAAGGAUCUGUACAUGGUGAUCCACGACAAGGUAUACAACACGUCGAGCUUCGUAGAUGAGCACCCAGGUGGUGAAGAGGUCCUGCUUGAUGUCGGCGGGCAGGAUGCCACCGAGGCCUUUGAAGACGUGGGACACAGCGACGAGGCUCGAGAGAUCCUGGAUGGCUUACUGAUUGGUACCCUCAAGCGACAGGCGGGCGAUCCACAACCCAAGACUGCAGCGCAACAAGUCGCGGAUGCUCGCAAGUCCUCCACUGCCUCUGGUGGACUCGGCGCUGGGGUGUACGCCGUUGUUCUCGUUGGAGCCGCCCUUGCAUUUUUCGCCUACCAGCAACUCCAGUCGAGCCAGAAUAAGUCGUAGAAAGGCUGCGAGGUAUGCCGAAAGAGCAGAAGUCAGAAAGCUCCUGCCAAUACAAAUCCAAUUAGUACCACUGCACCAGCGGUGAAACAUGUUGAUAUAGGUCGGAAACGCUGGCGUUUGUUCAUGAAUUGCAUCUUAUCACACUCAAACAACGACUGAGCGGAGCGGGGACCACUGCGAUAGACCUUUGUCAAUUUCGAAGCAACACUGAAUAAUCUUCACUGUCACGUCUUGCGCCGCCUCACGGCUUACGGCCUACAGCUACGAACACAACGCCCUCUAGCUCGCCUGGCGACGCUGGACAGUAUACUCUUUCCGUCCAUCCGUCAAUCACCUCUCUCAGUUUCGUCACACCUCUUGUCGCCGACCCAGUCGCUUCAAGCCUGAUUGACCAUAUAAGGCAGGCAUCUGUACCAUCAAAAGAUGGAUUAUAGCGGAAUCAAAA